CGGGCGGUCUUCGACAGACAGUCGAGCCAGUGGUUACAGGCGGACAUGUUGAAGGUGUUUCCGUAAAUGUGGGUGAAUAAUAAGUGAAUUUUAUGGAUUUUAGAGGAAAUUUAAAUCGGCUUUAACCGAAAUUUUAGUGUCUCUCUAUGUGAAGUGUCGUGUAAAUUUCUCUCAAGGCUUUUCAGCCGCAAAGAUGAGCUGGGGCACCGAGUUAUGGGACCAGUACGAGAAUCUCUCGUUGCACACGCAAAAAGGUAUAGAAUUCCUGGAAAGAUAUGGACACUUCGUGCGCGAUCGAUGUGCUAUCGAAGUCGAAUAUGCCGCAAAACUCAGAAGGCUCGUCAAGACCUACCAACCGAAGAAAAAAGAGGAGGAAGAUUACCAGUACAGUCCUUGCCGUGCCUUCAGAUUGGAAUUGAAUGAGGUCAACGAUCAAGCUGGACAGCGAGAAGUGAUUGCUGAAAAUCUUCAGGCAAAUGUUCUUCGGGAGUUGACCAUUCUUGUGAAAGAUUUCAAGGAGGAUCGCAAGAAACAUUUACAGGAGGGUGCCAGACUUAUGGCAACGCUCACUGGACAAAUAGGGAACUUAGAACGUGCCAGAAAGGCUUACGAGAAAGCCUUUCGUGAAGCGGAGAGAGCAUUGGAUAAUUAUCAGCGUGCCGAUGCAGACCUUAAUCUUUCUAGAGCUGAGGUCGAAAAGCAGAGGAUGAACAUGACUGUGAAAACGCAGCAGUGUGAAGAAGCGAAAACAGAGUAUGCGAAUCAAUUGCAAAAAACAAACGAUAUGCAAACGUUACAUUAUCACACAGCAAUGCCAGAAGUUUUCCAGCAUUUGCAGGAACUGGAUGAAAAAAGGGUGAAAAACAUGCGAAACUACAUGACAAAAUCCGUUGCCAUUGAAAGAGCUGUCGCUCCGAUCAUCGAACAAUGUCUGGAUGGGAUAGAAAAAGCAGCAAAUGAAAUAAACGAGAAAGAAGACACACUCUUGGUGAUUGAACGUUAUAAAAGCGGUUUUCAACCACCUGGAGAUUUUCCAUUCGAGGAUCUAUCUGCCGCCAAAUCCUAUGAUAGUAACAGUCAGUUAUCUCAACCAGUAAUGCAACCGAUACAUAAUCAUCUGACUGUCAAAGGAACAGUUUCUGGUGGCAAGAUAAAGAAACGUGUCGGUCUCUUUGGAAUCUUCAGUAGUAACAAGAAGUUGAUCGAGGUGUGCAUUGCUUUAAAGAAUAAUGUGCCUGGAUAUGGUGAUGGUGCAAAGGAGGAUUGUAGCGAUUUGCCUCCUAACCAACGGAAAAAGCGCCUACAACAACGGAUCGAUGAAAUUCAGGCCAAAAUUCAACAAGAAACAGCAGCACGAGAUGGUCUUAUGAAAAUGAAGGGGGUCUAUGAACAAAAUCCCGCAUUAGGUGAUCCGAUGAGCAUAGAGGGUCAACUCAAUGAAUCCAGUCAUAAGCUAGAUAAGCUUGGUACAGAGAUGACAAAGUUUCAAGGCUAUCUUGACGAAGCUAUGCGUGCUGGUGUAAACUUAUCGAGUCCGAGUCAAGUUUCACGUAAGCCAACAACUAAUGGUUCAGCGACAAGACCACUUAGUUCCAGAAGAUCCAGCCAUUCUGGCGGAGAGGAAAGCCUCUCAAGAUCUGCCUCAGACUCAAGUGUUAGCAAUGUUAAUACUAGUCAACCAGUGCAUAAAAAGAGUGCUCCUGGAACACCUCAACCAAUCCAUGGUUCCACGAACAGCCCGGAGUCCGGUUUGGGGGCAUCACGAACAUCCCUACCCGGAAGCGGAGGUGAAGAAUAUUACCUCGACGACCUUGAAGCCCAGCCACCCUUAGGAACCUGUCGAGCACUUUACCCCUUUGAUGCGACGAGCGAGGGUUCCAUCCCGAUGUAUGAUGGAGAAGAACUUUAUAUGAUCGAGCUUGAUCAGGGUGAUGGAUGGACGCGUGUGCGUCGUAUUUCACAACCUAUCGAAGGUUUUGUGCCCACCUCCUACAUAGAGUGUAAUUUAUACAAUACAUAGCUACAAGUUGUGAGUACUCAACUUCCUGCGUUACCGAAAUUGGUGCCUAGUAGUGGUUGAAAGUGUGCUGGUCUACUGCAAAAACUAGCAAAAUGCAUUACCCGAUACCAUAGAACACGGAAGAAUGCUGAAGUCGAGGUAAACAUGAGAUGAAACAAAGAGAAGAAAAAAAACAGCUACAAAAAUGUAACGUAUUAUGCAGCUUUCGGACUAUGAGAAUAUGUAAUGAAAGAUGAAGAUGAAGUCGCUAUCGCCAGCUGUUUUAUUUAUUACUAGCUUGAGUAAAUGAGUGAUUUGUGCUAAUAAUAUUGAAAUUUAGACGUAGCGAAAAUCAACUUACAAUGAGUCAUCUAUAACUGUGGAGCUUCUCGACACAUGGUGAGAUUGAAUUACUAGCCUUGGUGGUGGAUUAUUUUUGGAAGCACAUUCAGCUCUUGCUAUGGCAUGCUCAUGAAUCUGGUAACAUUUUCCUAGAUUCAUGGGAAUUGUUAGGAAAAGAUCUAGGAAUAAAAUGCGAACAAAUUUUACAGUUUGCGCGUAGCGUAGUAGUGUGGCCCUGAUUAUUUGUAUAACUGCACGCUAUUUGGGGCGCGACUUCUUAUGCUCAAACUGUAUAUAGUAUUCUUUAUAACUACAAAUAAUAAACCCACGAAAAUGAAAAUGUGCGGGGGCGAUUGUAUGUGUCAGUAAUUAGAUGUCUAAAAGUCUGGGUGUAAGAAACAAAAGAUGGUCUUGUCAGGUAAGAAUGAGAGAAGACUGAAUUUAUCGAUGUGUGCUAAGUGAUAUCGAGUCGUACUAUUGAUUGAGAUAUUGGCUUGUUCCAAUUUUCGUUUGCAUUGCAUAUCCAUGUUACGACAGAUUUUUUAACUUGACACAAAACAUGUGCAAUUAGCCAUUGAAAUAUAUAGAAAAAAACAAAAAAAACAAAAAAAAAGAUUAGUUUUGUGUAUAUAAUGGGAGCAUAACGUGAGUGCUAGAACCGAUUAAUUAAGUUCUCCAAGCAUUAUUGUGCAUCUCGCUUAACAAGUGUAUAUAUAUAUAAUUAUAUUAUUAACGUAUAGCUUCAUUGUAUGUAAUAACCUUCUUGUGUUUCACACAAAAAUACUGUUUCAGGAGAAACGUUCAUUCGCCAUGCAUGUUUCUAUUGAAUCCAAAAAUGUCCGAACUUUUGGACUUGUAAUUAACAUUAUUUAUUAUUGGUCGCAAAGCACGGAGGUUAACACGUGCAUAGUAAUCGGAUUCAUAUUAUCGCUGUGAAUCUAACAGUAUUGCCAAUAUUGUUAUUUGAUGAAAAAUGAAGAAUAAAAUAAGUCUCUAUUCUGAUAGCAAAUACUUUCGUAAUAAUAAAGGGCGCUCGCUGCAUUAUUCAAGAUAAUAUGUAUAGGAUAUCUAAGAUUUAAUCAUACCUAUACGUGUCCAUUCUAUGUAUAUUUUGUGAUUUUAUAUCUAUCGACAAGUAUUGUAGAUAAUUAAUUCUACAACCCAUCAUACUCUUAAAUAAUAAUAAUAACAAUAACAAUAAUGAUAUCAUAAUAGUAGUAGUAGUAGUAAUAGUAAUAACAACAUCAUAAUAAUAAGAAUAAUAAUAACAUUAAUCGUCGUUAUUAUUGCUAAUUAAUAUUAAAGAUUAUACUAAACCGAUGUAACUCGUUUAUAUAGUAAUCGAAGCCUAUUAUAACUCAUUCUAGUUUAUUUCAAUCAAAUUAAUUUUUUACGCCCUUUGUAAAUACCCAUUGGUCACACAGCGCACGUGUGCAUUCUCCUUUAUGUUUUUAUGGACAAAAAUGAUAUUGAAUAUUAUGAAUGAAUAAGUAUAGCUUUUACAUGAAUAAAGUGGUCACAAAUUUGGUAA